GAAAUUUAAUACAUUUGAAUUAGUCUCUAAUUUUGAAUUUAUUUUAUUAUUAAUGUCUCCUCCACCUUCGAAGAAAGCACGACAUUUCUUCAUUGAUAAUCUAUUACAGAAAGGUGAUGGUGAUUAUGUAAAACAUUUGGGUGAAGAAACUAAAAUCACCCGGAAAUUUAACCUUACCAAACUGUCUACUAAAUUCUUAAUUUCGAAUAUCCCACCCGAUCCUGAGGGUUUAUUAAAAGGAAUUUUCCAAGAAUGCAUCGACAAAACAUUGGAGACGAGUCAUGGUCAUCAGCUUGAUCCAGAUCAACUUGGCUGUACAGUGAGCAGUCAAUUGUUAGAAUCAGAUAUUUGGAUUCCAAUACGUGAAAUUUCUCCCAACACGGUGGAUUCAAUUCUUAACCAAUUUCUAAAAGUGGCCCAAUCUAAAAAACAGGAUCAGGGAAUGUUAUGGGGUGAACCAUUUACCGUUUCUGUUACAGCUAUUGACAAAAAACAUCUGCCUACAACACGUACUAUUCAAGGAAGCGGUAAAGAUUCCUCAACAACUCAACAUAAAAUUAAACAACACAACCUUAUUAAAAUUAUUAAUUCUGACAACUAUUGUUUAUUUCGAUCAUUGAAUGAAGAAACGUUUGGAACAUGA